AGCUGACAUGAGAAGCGCCAAACUCACAGACACGACCAGGAGCAGAUCAUAACAGACAAGGCUGCACAUGACUACAGGAUGGAUCACUUGCUUCUGAUCACUCUGCUGUUCUCAGGGCUCUGCAGUGUGUCCUCACGGGUGGUGCGGCGGUACCACUUUGUGAACGAGAAGAAGAUGUGGGAGGAAGCACAGGAAUACUGCAGGUGCAACUUUACCGACUUGGCCACUGUUGAAGAUACGGACGACAUGACGGCUAUGACCAGCACGGUCAAAGAUGGUUAUGCCAAAGAAGUUUGGAUUGGGUUGAAUAAAACUACAAAUUCCACUUUGAGGUGGUCAGUGCAGGGCAGCAGGGCCUACAGUCUGGAAGAGACCAACUUCACAUCCUGGGGAAGCGGUGAACCAAAUGAUUUACGUGGAAACGAGGACUGUACUCUCUUCAACAAAGGCCGAUGGAAUGAUGUCUCGUGUAAAUUUAAGAAUUUCUUCAUAUGCUAUAAUGAGAGUGGCAACCAAAAUAAAAGAUACAUUCUGAUAGAAAAGAAGAAGAAAUGGAUAGAAGCUCAGCAGUAUUGCAGGGUGGAGCACACAGACCUAGCCAGCGUGAGGAACCAGACUGAGAACAACAUGGUUGAUCAGACAGCAGGGGAUAAGAACGUUUGGAUCGGCUUAUUCAAGGACUACUGGAAAUGGUCGGACCAAACUACCUCCGCAUUUAGGUUUUGGAGUUCAGGAAAACCUAAUCAUUUCAAUAAGGACUGUGCUGUAACAAAGCUACACAAAACUGGGAAAUGGGAGGACAGGACGUGUACUCAGAAACAUCCAUUCUUUUGCUAUGAGGAGUGCCCUUACGACCUGUUCCUGAUCCGUGAGAAUAAGACCUGGAUGGAGGCUCUCGACUACUGUAACAGGAAAAACAUGGAGCUGGUCUCGGCCUCCUCCUCUGAGACCCAGGGCUGUGUGAAGGAGGUGACCAGGGGGGCCAGCACGGCUCACGUGUGGAUGGGCCUGUCCUUCUUGUGCCCCAUGGAGCUCUGGAUCUGGAUCAGUGGGGUGAUGCUGUGCAGCGACGACUGGGCCCACGGGAACGGCACUGGGAGGAACGAGUGUGGCCUGGCGGGCGCCCUGCAGUCCGGAGGCCAGAGGAAGUGGGUCAGCCGGCCGAUGAACGAGAAGCUCAACUUUAUCUGCAGUUCCCUUUAAGGUAGAGGGCGUCUUUGUGCAUGCGCGCAUGUGUUUAUGUGUGUGUAUCAACGCUGCCAUUUGUGUCUGUACUGUACAUUUAAAACUAUAUAGGCUGUCUCCACAUUUACCAGACGCCAACACAUAUCUUAACUGUGAUGGAUCAGUCAUUUGCAUGCCGUGGUUUGCUGCAAAUUCAGUCUUGAGUUGAGUUAUUAUUUUGUAUCAUUCUAUCAUGCUGUUUGUAAUGGGAUAUGAACUUGUGAUUGGUUUAAUUGAAGAGAUGGAAAAUGAAGCAUAUUCCUUGUUGCCAUGCCAUUUGUUCUGCCUUGACUGUCAACCCAUACAUGUUGUAUUGCAGAUGUGUUUCAUUCUGUUGGGUGAUGGGGCUUUCUUGGUUAAAUUAUAUACUUUAUUUUUCAUUUGCCAGUUAUUAUUUCAGAUGCAGAGGUCAAUAUGGGUUAAAUAAGUGGGAGUGACUUUGUUUAUUAAAUAAAAUGACUGCAAACAUAGAUAUUACAUUUAGUUUGUGUGAACUGAAAAUGUAGUAAUGUAGUGUUUUUGGUUAUUGUAAAAAAAUAAAAAAAUAAAACUCAAUAAUAAAAAGAACAACCACUU